UGGCUGAGAAGAAAGAGACAGCAGGACUAAAGUGUGUCCUUAGAAUCAACAGGAAAACGAAAAAGGAAGCUUGUGGAAUUAUGUUAAUGUUCCUUGGGUGUGUGGUGGUUAGCGUGGUCUGAUCAGCAGUAAGCAAUUUUCAAAGACGGUGAGUUGCAGCAGGACUCUUACAACAUAUACAACAAUGAAGAGAGGGUCUGGCGCCUGGCUGGGGAAGGAAGCUAAACUAAACAGAUAUCAAGGAGCCAAUGCAGUGAAGAUAAGAUAGGGGUGACGUGCCCGUAUCUUCUGGUUCUAGUGAGGACUCUCGCUGCUGCAUUCUGUACUAGCUGAAGCUUAUUUAUGCACCUAGCUGAACAACCAGAGAGUAAAGCAUUACAAUAGUCCAACCCAGAGGUGAUGACAUGGAUCUGCAGGCCAACAAAAGAAUAAUGUCACAAGGACUCAGUGAAGGUCCUAAUAAUGUUGACUGAAAGUGAUAAAAGUUCCCUCUCUGGCGGUUUAGAUUUUCCGGUGCUCUGAGAUGGCAGGGUGUUUGUUCUCAUCGUUGCUCAUCGCACUGUGUGUGGGACUGUACGGAACACAUGCAGAAGUAUGUAGAGAUCCUGUCGUCACUCCGGCGUCUCUGCUGGUGGAGUAUGGACACCCUGCUGAAGUGAACUGCUCCAUACUGAGUAAACCUGUAACGGGAUACAUGCUGGGCUGGGAGUCUAAAUCAUCACAACCGGAUACAGACAGUAAAAAAAGUUUGACAUGGAGGGUGGACAGUCUGACAAAUUGGGAGGAAGCUGACGGUCUCAAGUGUUACCUCUCAACAGCAACUGAUCAGUGUGAGAGUCGUGUAAAUCUCACCAUUUACAAGAGACCAGACACCAUUAUGUUAAGCUCUGUUCCUGAUGUGUGGAUAGAGGGAGAUCAAACAGAGCUAGUGUGUGAGAUUGAAAACGUCGGUCCUGGACAUAAACUCAGUGUACACUGGAGCAGAUCCAACGCAAAGCAAAACAAUGCUUUCACACUUUUUAGUGAAACAUCACCUUCAGACUUGGUAAAUGAGAUGAAGAAUGUGAGCGCUACAGUGAAACUGAACAUUACGGCCAGACGUGAGGAUCACGGAGUGCAGUACAAGUGUGCAGCUGUGCUGAAUCUGGACACAGGUCCAGUUGUGUCUGAAUCACAGCCAAUCACCAUCCCAGUCCCCUCUGGGCAACCUCCACUCAGUUCUGUCUGGGGAAUGGUUAGUUUGCUAGCGGUUUUUACUACAGUGUUGUGAUCAUCUUUGUCCUGGUUGUCUUUCCAACACAAACACAUGGAUCAUCCUACAUCCUGGAGCACCUGCAAUCAAACAAAAACAACAGCUAUAUGAACAACAAUCCUGCAGCCCAAGGACAACUGUAGUGUUUAAUAACAUUAAACCUGUGUAGUUAACUCUGACUCCUGUGUGUCUAAUGCUAACCCUGACUUCUGUGUAUCUAACUCUUUGUUUUUAGAUUCAUAAAAUAUUUGUAAUGACUCUAGAACAUGGUAUAUAGUCUAAAGAACAAAUUACGUUUAUGGAUUUAUUACAUUAUUCUUUAAAACUAAAGUAUAAAAUCUCAGGCGUGCAGCUUUGCUGUUUUUUGCUGCUCAUUAGUUUUCACUGUGCAUAUUAAAACAAUAAAAGACUGAAUGGGCAACAAUCAUGGGCUUUACACUUUGACUAAUUAAUUCUU